CUGCUUCCCAGGGAGCCCGCGGCGGCGCCCGGCUUCGGCAGGUCGCUCCUCGGGCUCGGCAGUGCGGGCCGCCUCCCCCGGCAGCAGCCUCCUCCGGCCGCAGCGGCGGUGUCCACCGGCCCCGCGGCGCCCAUGGCGGCGGAGCCCCAGCCCAAGGCGCUGACUCGCAAGCCCCUCCUGCUCCACAAAGUGGAGGGCUCGCAGGAGGUGGUGAACAUGGCAGCGAUAGUGCCCAAGGAGGAUGGGGUCAUCAGCGUCUCCGAGGACAGAACAGUUCGUGUCUGGCUGAAGAGAGACAGUGGGCAGUACUGGCCCAGCAUAUACCAUGCAAUGCCAUCUCCAUGUUCAUGCAUGUCUUUUAACCCGGAAACCAGAAGGCUGUCCAUAGGUCUAGACAAUGGUACAAUCUCAGAAUUCAUUUUAUCAGAAGAUUACAACAAGAUGACACUAGUGAAAAGUUACCAGGCUCAUCAAAGCAGGGUCAUGAUGAUUCUCUUUGUCCUGGAGAUGGAGUGGGUGUUAAGCACCGGACAAGACAAACACUUCACGUGGCACUGUUCGGAGAGCGGCCAGCGCCUGGGAGGGUACCGCACCAACGCGGGCGCCUGUGGCCUGCAAUUUGAUGUGGAAACCCGGCACGUGUUUGUAGGUGAUCAUUCUGGGCAAGUGACCAUACUCAAACUAGAGCAAGAGUCCUGCAGCCUUGUUACGACAUUUAAGGGACACACAGGUGGUGUCACUGCUCUUUGUUGGGAUCCAAUACACCGAGUUUUAUUCUCAGGCAGUUCUGAUCAUUCCAUUAUAAUGUGGGAUAUUGGAGGAAGAAAAGGAACAGCCAUCGAGCUGCAAGGACAUAAGUACGUUCAAAGACCUUCUUCCUGCUUUUAUGGGGUAAAAGCUAAAGGCAGAAGCAAUAUCUGGAAACAAACAGCCCAAAGGUUGCAGCCUUCACAAGCUUCAAGCUUGUAUGUGUGGACUCCCUGUGGUCCAUAUACAACAGGAAUAAGUUGCUUAUAUGAUAAAGUUCAGUCUCUCUCCUACGCUCACCACACUCGGCAGCUCAUCUCCUGUGGUGCAGAUGGGGGAAUCGUCGUCUGGAACAUGGAUGUUGAGAGGCAGGAGACUCCGGAGUGGCUGGAUAGUGACUCCUGUCAAAAAUGUGACCAGCCUUUCUUCUGGAACUUCAAGCAAAUGUGGGACAGUAAGAAAAUAGGCCUCAGGCAGCAUCACUGCCGGAAGUGUGGGAAAGCCGUGUGCGGCAAAUGCAGCUCCAAGCGCUCCUCUAUCCCGCUGAUGGGGUUUGAGUUUGAAGUGAGGGUCUGUGAUAGCUGUCACGAGUCUAUAACAGAUGAAGAGCGGGCGCCCACAGCUACUUUCCACGACAGUAAGCACAACAUUGUUCAUGUACACUUUGAUGCCACCAGGGGAUGGCUGUUGACCUCGGGGACAGACAAGGUUAUUAAGUUGUGGGAUAUGACACCAGUAGUGUCUUGAUGGUGCAUCAGUGGAACUUGAAAGGUGAUAUUUACAGAAGAAACAGAUUUCCUAACCCUAAUCAUCCUGCAGAAGAUAGGUAACGCUGGGCACACACAGCAGAUGAGAAAGGAACUAAUGUGUUUACAACAAUUUUACGUCCUCUGCUUGAUCAAGGCUGAACAUUUGCACGAAGACUCUUUCCACUUACUCUCAAAAUAUACAAGAAGGUAUUUUUUUAACUAAUGGUUUGUACGAUCUGACUUCCGUUGUCUUGAGUUUGUUUGGGAAAUCCGUGUGCAGUGCAAUUUUUAGUUUUUAUAUUUCACUAUGUCGAGAUACUUGCUGCUUUGUACAGAGGGUUCUUGGGGUGUGUGUUACCAUGUGAGGGUUUGGUAGCAACAUACUGUAUAAGGCAACCAGCUCUCCCCACAACAAGUACCUGUUGAUUUGGGAUGUUCCUGCUGACCGUGCUCUCUGCAGUGGAGGAACUCCAGGCACAGUCUUGCAUGUUCUCUGGGUGCAUCACCAAAGAGCUGAUGGACUAUUGCAAUUCCUAAAAGGGCUCUACCAUCUAUUUGUCCUACUGGGCAUCACCUGGAGAGCGUUUCAUUGGUUUGUAGUAGCUAAAAUCCAGUUUCCUGCCUCCUUCCUUGCUGCACAAGUUGCAAAACCAGGGGGCAGGUUGCUUAGCAACUAAUUUCUACAAAACCUGAAAUACUUCUCUGGCUCAGAGCAUGACAAGGAGCACACGGGCCUGUUUGAGUUUGAUGAGGCUGACAGGCUGAUUCAAAUUAAAUUAUUAGCAACAGGAACUUUUGGGAGUGUGUGCAUGCAGGGGGGCAGGUCCAAAACUGGUCUAGGUCUGAAAAGUCUGGUUUACCUCUACCUCUACCUUGCACAGCAACAUUUCAGCAUUCAUACCUGUCUGUGUUGUUGAAGAUGAAUUUGAUUUUCCUGUUUUCCAUAUGGUUAGUCAUAUUUAUUUUUUAAAAUGCUAAUGUUUUUUAUUAAUUUCCUUUAUAGAGCAGAAACUGAUAUUGCUGAAUGACGCCUAUUGUCCUGUUGUCAUAUUUUACAGUUUCUUUUAAAAAUAAAAAGUAUUUAAAAACCUGGAUUGACCAAAAUUACCUUUUUAGAAGGAUAUUGUCAAGAUGAAUAAGCAAAAAAACCCUUUUUUCUAAAGGGAUCUUCUCUGAAGAGUCACCUCUCUCUUCCUUUGCUCCAUUUCACUUUUCAGCAUGCUAUUGCUGAUGCGCUUUGAAGAAACUGGUGUAGAGAAUAAUACUGGAGACUAGACCCAGGGAUUCCCUGUAUCUCCUAUAUAAGCAGGCCUCAUGGUCUGUAGAUGCUGUGACACAGCACAUCAGUGGUGCUCAGUCUUGCCCCAUGUUGGGCUUUACUUUUCCCAUAUGAAGUGGGGAGUCCAUGAUGUUUAUCACUACAGAGCACAUUGCUACCUAGAGAAGACUUGUAUUUUCCCUUGAGUGAUAAUGCUGAAAGAAAAUAAAGCUUUUCCUUUGUUUGCCCAGCAGUAAUUCACUUUUGAGGAAACAAAAAUGUUAACACAAUCCAUGACAUUAAUCGUAGACCUGUGAGCUGCUGCAGUGAAGGGUGAGUGGACUUCCAUGUGCAUGUCACAGGACUGCUAUGUAUUUUCAGGGGAAAUUCUCUUUUUAAACAUCCUAUAAACUGUGCUGAAGCAUUUUGCAGUCAUAUUCUCUGAAAUGAUGUCACCUUGGCUUUUGUGGUCAUACAGCUUGUUGGUAUUCCUCUAGGCAGAAUAUUUAAGAGUAUUUUCAACUGUAAUUCACACAGCACUAAAAAGAUUCUUUUUCCAGCUUGAAUGUUAAUUGUUUUCUAAGUCCUCCCACUUUCUCUCCUGGAAGCUAGAUGCUUGUUUCCCCUUGGAAGCCUUUUCAUUACACCUUAUGUGUGGUUUCUGAUGUCUGAAGUGUUGUUGGCUGAUGAAGCUAUGCAAGAUGAGCAAGUUGCCUGCCAGUAUUUCAUUCCAGCUGGAGAAGAUGUAUGAAACAUUACUGGACUAUGCUGUUCCAUGUUAUCUUGGGCUCUGCUGUGCAGACAGUAUCUCUUAUGGCGGCAGAAACAUGGGAGCACUGAAGUGAAUUGAAAUCACUAUUCAGCACUCUGUUCCUGAAGAGACAUAGCAGCUGCAAUAUGCCUGGGACUCCAACAUGAAUUGUGCUUACGCUGAUGGAGCACAGAGUCAGUAAGCUGAGGGAUCUGCCCCUGAGUCAACACCUAGUCCUUCUGAAUAUGUAACGCUCAAACAAAGGUGAGGAACUGACUCCAAAGGAGACCAAAUUUGGGAGCAAGGUGUGUUUGGACAGCUCUGCACUAAACUCUUGGCUCUGCAGUAAAUUCUCUUCCAAGGUGUCAUGGUAUCAGUGUUGCUUAUGGGUGGAUGUUGGGUAUAAAUGUCCAUUUUGCAAAAUUUCCCUUGCUGAUUUUCUGACUAAACUACCUGCAGGAUUAUCUGAACUUAAGCUGAGCAUCUCCUUAUCUUGCGGUCUCAGGACAAACUGUUCCCAACUUAGAAAAUUACAUAAGCUGAAAGUGAAGCUGAGGGGGAAAGGGAAGUUUGUCCCUUUGCUAUGACCUUAACAGCUAUAAUGUAGAGAUAUGAAGAGAAAAUAGUUGUCUCUUUACCUCCCAAAUGAAACAAGAAGGGUUUGACUCUGGGACAGUUAAACCACUUUCCUUCCUGUUCUGUCACGUUAGGGUAACAAUCUCAGUUUCUUGUGUCUUCUAGAGCCACACAAAAAUGGAUCUCUGUUGUCUGGUCCUUUUCAUUUGAGUUGCUGAAUAAAAAAUCUCAGUUAUUUUUAUGAAUUGCAUUAUUGGGGAGGGGAGGUUCUUUUGGUACAGAUGUAAACUGUGCAGCACCCCACGCAGACACCCACACACGCUCAAGUGAAGCAAAGUCCCUGUUCCCUGGGGUUGCUGAAAUGCGGCAGCACACUUUCAGUGAUUGCUCCAGCUGUGCCAAGGGGCAUACAAACAAGGUUGUCCUUCCUCUGCUCUUCAGAAAAAAUGACUUUCAUUUCUCUCUUAGCUAGUGUUUGCUUGGGGGAAAAAGUGGUGUUCUUCAGAGCCAUUCCUGGCUUUCAAAUGGACAGUAUCUGGAGAGCUUAGGCAGGCGAUGGGGCAGGCGCUGCUCACAUACACAGUGCUUGAGCACCUGACUUGGGCCACUUGUGUUCCAGGUGGCUGAAGGAAGAUCAACCUGAGCCCCAAACUUCAGCCUUUUUAAGCUGAAAAUACUUAGUAAAGGGAAAAGUAUGUGGGCAACUGCUUGCGAUGGCAGCACUGAUGAUCCUUCCAUCUGCGGGAGACUAACAUCGUGGUUAUACAUGGCUGAAACGAGAUAGUGCAUCGGGCUAAAAGUCAGACUGUAACAGGGAAUAAUCCCGAAUGGUGACAUUAUUGUGCUCAUCUGUUAGCACUCUUGCCUACCUACAGCUGCUCUUUACAGUGCAGCCCAGGCAACCUCCCUACCUUGUCCUCUUGAACUUGAGGCCAUCACCUGAAUGUCAGCACAUCGACUCUUAGUACAUCAAAAGUGAUAACUAUGCUUUGCCUGAGACAGUGGCAUAAGUAUUUCCAGCACAAGGAAAAGAUGCAAUGUGUUUCCUGUGAGUGGGGUUGGUUAGUAAUGAGGAGGUGGAUGGCUGGAUACACAAAAAGGAUUGUGCAUGGUCCUAAAAAGGUGUAAGGGUGGGAAGUUUGCUUUAUGCCUGCUGAGGAAAUCGCUGUUAGAGAGGGAUGUAAAUCUUUUUUUCACAGCUGUGUCCAGUUCUGGGCUCCCCAGUACAACAGAUAAAGCAGUAGCUUUAGAGAGAGUCCAUCAAGGGGCCCCUAAAAUGAUGAAGGAAACAGAGCAUCUCAUCAAUGAAUACAAAUACCUGAAGGGAGGGUGCACAGAAGAUGGAGCUGGGCUCUGCCACUGGUGCCCAGUGGCAGAACCAGAGGCAGUGGGCACAAACUGAACAUCAGGAAACACUUUUUACUGUGAGGGUGACCGAGCACUGGCACAGCUUGGCCAGAGAGGUUGUGGAGUCUCCAUCCUUGGAGAUAUUUAAAAGCUGUGUGGACAUGGUCCUUGGCAACUGGCUCUUGGAGGUCCUGCUUGAGCAGGGGGUUUGGACCAGAUGACCUUUGGAAGUCUCUUCCAACCUCAACCCUUCUGUGAUUCAAAGUCCGCUUAACAUCUGCAUCUACCUCAUGGGUUAGAAAAUAAAAAAAUAUGUAUCUUUCUUUAAAUCUAAAAUACAAGGGCUAGUAACUAAUUAACAAAUACUACAUAUGUCUUUCCUGGCUAUUCCCGAUAGGAUCUGGGUAACAACAACCAAAACUCUGUUUUGCAGCACAUAGGAAAUAGGUGUACAUUGUGUGGUUUUAUAGGUCCUUUCCAGGAGACCACACUGGGAUGUUUCCAAUUAGGAUUUAGAAGGUUUUGUUUCUAUAUGUGACAAUAGUAUGCAAUAGUAAUCAGAAACUCAAUCCUUUUUUCAGGGUGGAUUAAUGUGCUAAGUCCCUUCAGCAUUGACCUGUUGUGUAAUAUUGAGGAAGAAACAUAUUUUUCUCUUUAAAAUUGCUUGCAAAAUUUAACAGGAGGUCUUUGCUCCUUCAGAAGAAAAAAGUGGUGCCUAGUUUGACAAUAACCUGAAGUUCUGGAAUUUAAGUUUAAGAUUAACUCUGUGUGGUCACAUGUGCCUUUUCAUUGCAUUUUCCUGGUUUGGGAGAUUUUCCCUUGUGACCAGCCUUUGGCCAUCUCUGAAACUUUGUUUGCUGCAGGACAACAUUUUGCUGCCAAGAACAGAAGAGGUGGAAUACAAAGGCAUUGAAUUUGGUGCCAUGUGGGGACAUCGAACUCAAAGCAAAAUGAAAACAAGAGAGCACAGCCUACUGGCAAAGUCUUUGGAAACAAGAGAUGCCAAGAGAGAAUGGUAUCAGCAUAUGUAAAAAGCCACUAGUAUAGAAAUGAAUAUUCAUCAGAACUGUACAAAGCCAAACCAUCCCCUGUCCCAGGAUCAUGAAUUGACCAGCAGCCUGAUCAGGAACCAGAAGCCAUGAGGAUUAUAGAAUUGUUCUGGUGAUGGGGUGGUAGAUUGAGUCUAUGAAGAUCUGACUUCAAUUUCUUGUCCUCUGGUUUAAUUGCCUGAUUGUAUGUAUCUACCUCAAGUGGUGCUGUAAGAAAUGCAUUAAAUGCAUAAGCACUUUGACAUUGAAAUGAUGGGGAAGACACACAUAACUAUUGAGAUGGUGCAGAAGAGAUGUCAGAUCCUGUGAUGGCUGAGGUUUUGCCUCUCUCCAGUUACUGGCUCCUUAGACAUUAAAUAAUUUGAAUUUAUUGAAGGAUUUACGUCUUUCGUAUUUUCCAGGCUUAUUUUUUUCAUCUCUGUUGACUGAAUUCAGCACCUUUGCAGAUAGAUACUAACCAAAUACAAACAUUUUACCACAGGUCAGGGCUUCCUUCAGAUGUGAAGGAGCAUUAACACCUCUACUUUGUCCUGUCCCAAGGAAAUUCUGUGCCACCACCAAGUAAUCAAGAAAGUUUCAGAUAAAAAUGAGUACAUGAUUCACCUUUGUCGUUAUCACUAAUUUCAGGAGUGGUUUAGUUUUCCAAGGGCUGAGCGUUGCUUCUCACUCUCUACUUGGCAAGUUAAGUACACUAUACUGACCAGUAUCUUGUGGGGUUUGUUGUCUUUCAGAAUAGAGGGAUUUUACAUGGAAAAAAUCUUGCUGGGUUUUGUUCAUGUCAGUGUUUUCUAGGAAUACAGCUCUGCAAUUUGACCAUCUUUUCUUCUAAUUGUAUUGUAACACCUCCCAGUUCUGUUCCAGUGUGUAAAUAUGUCUCCAACGUAACUGAAUAAAUCAUGAUAGUUUAAUCCCACCAAAUUAAUUUCUAUCAGCUUCUGGCUAUUACUUUCCUUCUCUAUGUGUUGAUUUGUAAUGAGGAACUUGGGUUACUGAGUUUUGCCUGGACCCAUUCACCUCCCUGUUCUGUGAGUUGUCAUAAAACUGACCACUAUUGUAUGGGCAAGUGGCAUCAUUCCUUUGCCAUGAUGAAUCCUCACUCCAACCACCUGGCAGCAGGUGAGCAGCCAAGGGAAGCAGCAUGUUUGGCCAGUGAAGGAAUUGUAGGAUUUUCUGCAUUGCCCCAAGGCUCCCUGUAAAAUGCAGAUUCUCAACUGGAAAGUAAAGGGAAGAUGCUCAAGAAGAUGAUUUUUGACCAUCAAGGAAAACACCGCUUCCUGGGAGCUCCCUCUCUGAAGUUUGCAGCAGUGCAGCAGGUUUUAUCACUCCCCCUCUGUUCUGGCAAUGGUUUUAGCUGUGAAAUACCACUGAUACUGCUGUCACAGCAAAGAUUUGAGUUGUUCCUUAUGAUGGCAGGAUGAAAACCUGCUGAAGACCUUUGGCCCAGAUGACACGUCUCUUUGUAAGGCUUGUGCAUGAGCUUUUGCCUUGAGAGAGAACAAGUUUCCUUCACAAGGAUACAUCAUUUUUCCUAGCGUUUAUCUGAAGGUUCCCUCUAGAGAGAGGAAGAUAAAUACUGACCUACUUCACAAAUUGAAGCUCUUGGAUUUGGUCGCUUUUAGUCCCAGAAGUGGUUCUUUUUUGUUACACUUGCUCCCCCAACAGGCUCCUUGCGUUUUCAACGCCUUCUUUCUCUCACUGUCUGAUCUUGUGGUGUUAGGAUGACCGCAGGAAUACAGAGUUUUCAAGUUGUCUUAUUUGCAUUACAAAAUUAUCUCCUGUAAUCAGUCACUGAGUCUGCCCAAGCACACACAGGACUACCUCUCCCAACAAAACAAGUGAUGUAAGCCUGAUAGACACAGAGGAAAAUACACUGAGCUGAGCCAAGGGAGAUGUGAAGCUUCCUGCUGCCAGUCAGAGUGGUAACAGCGUGUUUAAAAGGGCAGUGGGUGGAUGUUGACCAGCACUAAUUUUAGAUAAGUAGGAUCUGGUGUCAGGAGAAGGGGGGUUUAGUUUUGGAGGGAGCAUGUGAGAGCAACACACAGUGGGAAUGGAAGAAGGGCACAGGUGAAAGGAACUUAAGGAUUAAACUGCUUUAUAGCUGCCCUUCUCCACUGGAGUCAAUGACCACCAGGUUGUUCAUGAAAGGGUAACUCUGUGUUCACUCUCCACUCUCUGAGUUAAAUAUUGGUUAAUGAAAACUAGUACUGCUCCUGCUCCAGCUUUAAAAACAUGCUCUGUCAUUCGAAAAAUACAGUUAGAGAUUGAACUGAGAAUUGAAAUGUUUGGCCCAGGGCUGGGUCCCAGCAAAUAAAUUGUUUACACUGUUUUCUGACACUGACUUAAGUCUGUCUACAUUGAAGUCUACAGCAAAACUCCCCUCUCUGAGCCCAGGCGAUGCAUGUUCAACAUUCCACCCAAGUCUUGUUUAAUAGGAAAGGGUAUCCCUGCUUCCAUCCUGUUCCCAGUGAGGGGAAUGGUGUAAGCAUGGAGAGUUGGGGCAGCACAGAAGCUGGUGGGUGUGUCGGUGCAAAGGCAUACAGUUGGUAUUUGCAGCUUACUCCAAAAGAGCGAGGUAUGUGUGGGAAUGUCCUCUUAUUCAAAAGCAGAUGACAAACAACUGUUUAUAUGUUUUAAAUAACUAAUAAAUUACAUGUUUAAUCAACUACAGGUUUUUUUACAAAGAGUAAAUAUGGCCCAGAAAUGAAACUUAGGAGAAGAGGAAAUGCGUUUACAAAAUUACCUGCUCUCUGUUGCACUGACCUCCUAAAACUUUUACCCAAGACAGACGUUUCAGACAUUUCAGUGGCCCUUGCACCACUGCUGCCAGUCCCACUGCACUGCUGCUGGGCUGAGCCUUACCUUUUCACAGAGUCAGAGACUGGUUAGGCUUGGAAGCAGCCUUAAAGAUCGUCUAGUUCCAAUCCCCUGCUAUGGGCAGGGACACCUUCCGCUAGACCAGGUUGCUCAAAGCCCCGUCCAACCUGGCCUUGAACACUGCCAGGGUUGGGGCAGCCACAGCUUCUCUGGGCUACCUAUGCCAGUGCCUCACCACCCUCACAGGGAAAAAUUCCUUCCUAAUACCUAAUCUGAAUCUCACCUCUUUCAGUUUAAAACCGUUCCUCCUUUUCCUAUCCCUAAAGCCCUAAUAAAAAGUCCCUCUCCAGAUUUCUUGGGCUCCUAUAAAUUGAAGCCCACAGUGUGCACUGCUUAGCAAUAAUUUGCAUCACCUUCUAUUCCUGCUCAUCUGUCACUGGAUGCCAUUUUUCUUUUUCCCUUAAAAUUUUACAGGUGGCACUAAAAGUAUUUGCUUGUGUGCAGGUGCAAGUUGUUCUGAAUUGCAUUAACACAAAGCAUCUUGCUGUCUUCACAGCCCCGUCCCAUGUUUGCUUUUGUGGAAAAGGGCUGAAAUAAAGCAUCAUCAGGACCAUAACACCAAAGCAUGGGGACUCUGGAUUUUGCUUCUAAUUCCUGUCCUGUGUUUUAAUUCUUUUUAAAUCACAAGUGCUCUUAAACCAUAGUAUUUGGCUAUUUUACACUGUGACCAAACUUUGAUUAAAGCAGUUUUCAUACCUUU